AGAGAGAGAGAGAGAUGGAAUAAAGGGGAGGAACUUAACGUUGUCGUCACCCUAGCGCCGGAAGCAGAAUGCAGAUUGGGGCGGGAUUUCACAAGCCAUCGACUGUCGGUGUUGUUUGCAUUUUGCAGAGCGGAUUUAUCAAUAAAUCUUCCAAAAAACAGCUAAAACUGUUUUGAAACGAUUGCACAACAGAUACACACAUAAAAGUGUCCGUUUUUCUCAACACUGAGUAAAGCAAUCAAAAGGUCCCGAAGUCCGAGAGUAUGGAUGCAGGUGAGGACCAGAACGCAGCCUCUGGCUCGACCAAUGGGAAUGCUCAGACGGGAGGUAACUCCCGCCCACCCCAAAUAGCGCACAUGUCUCUGUACGAGAGACAAGCUGUACAGGCCCUCCAGGCCUUGCAGAGACAGCCCAAUGCAGCUCAGUACUUUCAGCAGCUCAUGCUGCAGCAGCAAAUCAACAGUGCCCAGCUCCACAACCUGGCAGCAGUGCAACAGGCCACCCUUGCCGCCAGUCGCCAGUCAAACUCUCCUAGCCACAGUGGAUCCCAAGCCACCACCACUGUAAACCUAAGCACCACCUCCGCGGGAGGAGUGACCAAUCCCCGCCCUCUUGGACCUGCUACCUCUGCUACGCCAUCGGCUCUCAGCCAAUCAGUGUUGCUGGGCGGGAACUCUGCAGGACAGGGACAAAUGUACCUGAGAGUCAACCGCUCUCUCAGGGCCCCCAUGGCCUCCCAGCUUAUCUUCAUGCCCGGGGGCACAGCAACUGCUGCCGUAGCCACAGUUACCCAGCAACAGCCGCAGCAGCAGCAGCAACAACAACAACAGGCGCAGCUAACAGAUGCCCCUCCCACCUCCUCCAGCGUCCAAUCAGACAGCGACCAGGUGCAGAACCUCGCCCUCCACUGUGUUUCCACUCCUAGACUGGCCGCCGUGAAGUCAGAGUUUCCAGACAGAAAAGACGCUGUCAACUAUUCUCAGCAGCAGCAUCCUCAGAUGCAGCACCAGUUCUCCGGGCCGACCACGGUCCCGUCGCAUCAGUUCUCCGGGCCGACCACGGUCCCGUCGCAUCAGUUCUCCGGGCCGACCACGGUCCCGUCGCAUCAGUUCUCGCAGGGCUCGGCACAGACCCAGGUCCAACCUCAGCAGCAGCAGCAGCAGCAGCAGCAGAUGGCAGGCAAGAUGGCUGGCUACGCCCACUCCACCGCUAACGUCAAGGGUGGGAACCAGCCCAGCCUUGCUCCUCCUGUGGCCUCCCUCCCUCCCUCCUCUCCUAGUCUUCCCCUCUCCCAGCUCCUCCUCUCCCCUUCUGGCCUCUGUCAGGCCCGAACCGUAACCACGGUGAACCCCGCCGCCACGGUGACACACAUACUGGUGCCCACCUCCAACGUUGCUACCUCCACCCAGGGCUACCCCAUUGGCUCUGUGGCUACCAAAACCGGCAACACUCAGACCUUGGUAGUCCAGCCUCUACAGCAAGCUAGUGUAGACAAAGGGCCCGUGCCCAUUCAGCCCAAAACCGCCCAGAGCCACCGUCUCCCUGUCCAGCUGCCUCCCCGCCACCCCCCGCCCAUCCUCCCAGCCCCACCCCACAGCCAGGCCAGCGCUGUGGGUCACCACCCACCACACAUCCCCGUCCAGCUGGUGGGAGCCAGGCAGGGCUCCGCAGGAAACACCCAGGUUGUGGCCCUGGCCCAGGCCCAGGCCCGAAGUGCCUGCACCCAGGAUAGCACCGCCACAGUCACCGCAACCAACACCACCACCAUGACAAAGCCUACUGUUGGUUCUCUGAAGAGGAAGUCAGAAUCUGAUGCCACCAAUGACAUGGCAGUAGAACCCUCGCAGCAAGACUGUCCACCAAUGAGAGACUCGGCUCCUCCUCUCUCCCCUGCCCCAACACAAGACUCUGCUCCAGAGGCAGUAGCAGCCUUCUCCUCCCCACCCACCCUCUCCUUGUCCCUGCCCCUGUCCAGGGGGCUGGGGAGCCAAGCCGACAGGCCCCCCCUUCCUCAGGCUGUGGUCAAACCUCAGGUCCUCACACACCUCAUCGAGGGCUUUGUCAUCCAGGAGGGAGCGGAGCCCUUCCCUGUGGCUGGGCUGGUGAAGGACAGGGCAGAGGGGCCGUUCACCCUGGCCGGGGCUCAGAUGGGGGACAGUGGAGGUCCAGCAGUGAUGAAGUGCGAGUACUGUGAGAGCUUCGCUCCGGCCAGCCAGUUUCGAGGCUCCAAGAGAUUCUGCUCCAAGACUUGUGCUAAGAGGUACAAUGUGAGCUGCAGUCAUCACUUCCGCACCAGCAGGGGGCGUGCUAGCGCGGGACCUCCAGGGCCUCCCACGCCGUCUGAGCCCGUGGUCAGGCGCAGGGGUCCUCGCAGGAGCAGCUCAGAGAUCGCCUGCGCCAAAAUAGCCGGCCGGCACCUGCCAGUCAAGUGUCGAUCGGAGUCCAGUCGCUCAGAGGACGCGUCGAGCUGUGACGGCGAGGAGGAAGAGGAGGAAGACUCCCCCUCCCUCUCCCCCAGCUCCUCCCUCUCCUGCCCAAGGCCCGCCCACUGCGGCCCUCAGUCAGAGAGCUUGGCUCCUCCUGGAGGCCUCCCAUUGGACGGGGAAAACUUCCAUCCCGGGAGCCCCGCCCACUGGAACGUGGAGGAAGUCUGCAGGUUCAUCUCGUCUCUGCAAGGCUGCGAGGAGCUGGCCGCCCAGUUCCUGUCUCAGGAGAUCGACGGCCAGGCCCUACUGCUUCUCCGAGAGGAGCAUCUGAUCUCCACCAUGAACAUCAAACUGGGACCAGCCCUCAAGAUCUGUGCCUCCAUCCACAACCUCCGAGACUGAAGACUGGAAGGUGGAGGAGGAAGGAAGGUGUAGAGGAGUGGAGGUUGAGGGAUAUGAUGUCGUGAAUGAGCUCCGAAGCGGGGAGUUCAACAGAGGAAGUUUAGAAGACAGAGAGUGAGGGACAGCUGGACCUUCAGUAUGUUGUACUGUUGACGUCCAGCCGGAAACGAUGAAAGCUUCUUUUCCCUCAGCAUAAUCCACAUCCUGAGGACCCGCAUCCGCAAUAUACAGGACUGAGAGGAGGAGGGAGGGAUCGGGGGGGGGG